AUGCGUACGAUAUGCGGUCUAAGGAUGGCAUUGAAUGGAGUUGGAAAUGUUACCUCUGUGGAACUUUUUGAAGAGACUGGGCUAUUAAUCGGUCAAAAGGAGUCAGCUGCAACAUCGAAAGAACUCGAAGAGUUGCAAGAGAGAACGAAAAAUAACCCAGAGCUUUUCAAGCUUGCUUGUCCUGCUCCAUCGGUCAAUGAGUUGAUAGAAUGGAAUACUUGGCUUACACCUUCAACAUAUAAACAGCGUUACAUGACGUCCUUCUUCCUUGUUCAAAUGGAAGGUGAACCGGAGGUUCGAAUGUGCGAAAAAGAAAUGUCUCAUUAUUCUUGGAGUGAUCCGAAGGAUUGCUUGCAAAGAGCAUUAGUAGGCGAAGUGAUAUUACCACCACCACAGGUGUACGAAUUGACGAGGAUUGCUCAGACACCGUUGGAGAAGGUACACUUGCACGGUAACACUGCUCAUAUCUUCUGUCCACAGUUAAUCUACUGGCCAGAUGGAAACAAAAUCACUAAUGUGUUACCCGGUGAUCACCUGUAUAUAGAUGAAGAUAGUUUCAAUCAGCCGGCUCGAGAACUACCUGUGGAAGAGGUUCAGAUCAAAUCACAUGAACCCACACAUCGGCAGGAAUACAAGUCUAAACCUUUGUAUGCGUUCUGCAAAGUAUUUAUGUACAAUCUUCCAGAAAAAUACAGCAAUACCCUUCAUCAGUUUGAAACCAACCCUAGUAAAUUAUAG